CUCACAGCAUUUAUUGAAUUAAAAAUAAUUGUUUUAUACAUAAAGACUUCUGUAAUUCAGAGACACUGGAAGGAUAUUUGUUUUAAGACAUGUAAUCAAACUUUAUAAUGACCUUUGGUACAAAGAUGUUCUUUGGGGGUUUAGUGUGCUUGGAGUGAACCCCUACAUGUGAUGUAUGGUCCACCUUGGCUCUGUCCCACCUCAUUGAGAUCCACUAUAAAUAUAAAUUGAGGAGUUGGAGGGGGGAAGUUACAGAAGACAGAAAAAGUUUGGAACAAACACUGAAGACUGGAAAUCCAUCCAUCUACACUGAGCAAGACACACAAUACACAAUCCCGAAGAUGGGAGACCCAAUCCAGUUAAAAGACGAGGGAAACAAACACUUCCAAGCUGGAGAUAUUGACAAGGCCAUUGAGUGUUACACUAAUGCCAUCAAGAUGUGCAAGGACAAAAAAGCGCUCGCUGUCAUUUACAGGAACAGGUCUGCAUGCUACUUAAAAAAGGAAAACUAUACUAAUGCAGCAUCUGACGCCUCCAAAGCAAUUGAUGUUGAUGCAGCAGAUAUUAAAGCGUUGUACCGUCGUUGUCAAGCUCUGGAGAAGCUUGGCAAACUGGACAUGGCUUUCCAGGAUGUGCAGAGAUGUGCCACCCUCGAACCAAAGAACAAGACCUUCCUGGAGACUCUCCGCAGACUGGGAGCAGACAUCCAGGCCAAGCUCAAGACAACAUUCUCCACAGACUGUAGAGUCCAAAAUAUGUUUGAGAUUCUCCUUGAUGAUGAAAUGGAAAAAGAAAAGAGAGAAAAGGCUGCCAACAACCUGAUUGUGUUGGCCAGAGAGGAUGCUGGAGCAGAGAGAAUCUUUCAGAAUAACGGCGUGCCCCUGCUGAUCAACAUGAUUGAAACAGGCAAACCGGAGAUGAUCCUGGCGGCUGUUCGUACCUUGUCAGGAAUGUGCACAGGACACAAAGCUCGGGCCAUGGCUAUUGUUCACAUGGUGGGCAUUGAUAAAAUGUGCAGCAUCAUGGCCAUGGACAAUGAGGAGGUUGCACUGGCAGCCUGCAACCUCUUCCAGUGCAUCUACGACUCCCUCACCGGUGGAGAUAAAAGGGACUAUGGGAAAGAAGAGGCCCUGGUUUUGGAUGCAUCUAAAGACCUGAAAUCUAUUCUUCUGUCUUUGCUGGAGAUGGUUGCUAGUAAGAAGGUGUCCGGCCAUGGCAGAGACCAGGCACUGAACCUCCUGAGCAAGAAUGUGCCUCGCAAAGACAAAAAAGAUAAAGACAACUCCAGAACCCUCUUCACUAUUGACCAUGGUCUUAAGAAGAUCCUCAAGGUGUGUGGUCAGGUUUCCGAACUGCCAGACCAGCUGCCUUUGACAGAAAACACACAGCUGAUUGCCAGCGUGCUCCUCAACAAGCUCUAUAACGAUCUCACAUGCGAUCCAGAAAGAAACAACUUCAGGGACCUGUGUGAUGAAUAUAUUAAAUCCAAAAUUGACCCUAAUGACAUGGACAAGACCAUUCACGCUAUCAACACCAUCUCAGGGCUGCUUCAGGGUCCCUUUGAUGUCGGAAAUGCCCUGGUUGGACGUCAAGGCAUAAUGGAGAUGAUGGUGGCGCUGUGUGGCUCUGAACGUGAGGUAGACCAGAUGGUUGCCGUGGAGGCUCUGAUCCAUGCAUCCUCGAAGAUGAGCCGUGCCUCCUUCAUCAUCACUAACGGUGUGUCACUGCUCAAGGACAUCUACAAGAAGACCAAGAAUGAGAGGAUUAAAAUACGUGCACUAGUGGGUCUCUGUAAACUGGGUUCAGCUGGAGGCGAUGAUUACAGCUUAAGACAGUUUGCUGAAGGCUCCACAGAAAAACUGGCCAAGCAGUGCAGAAAGUGGCUUUGUAAUCCCCAGAUUGAUACAAAAACAAGGAACUGGGCCAUUGAGGGACUUGCGUAUCUGACUAAUGAUGCUGAUGUGAAAGAUGACUUUGUUGAGGAUGAGCUUGCCAUGAAAGCCAUGUUUGAACUGGCUAAGUCCAAGGAUAAGACAAUCUUAUAUGCAGUAGCUUGCACCCUGGUUAACUGCACCAACAGCUAUGAAAAGAAGGACAUCAUACCCGAACUGGUUCAACUAGCCAAAUUCUCAAAGCAGCAUGUGCCUGAGCAACACCCCAAGGACAAGAAGGACUUUAUUGAGAAGAGAGUGAAAAGACUGCUGAAGGCCGGAGUCAUCUCAGCUCUUGCUGUCAUGGUGAAAGCAGACAACUCCAUACUCACCGACCAGACCAAGGAGAUGUUGGCAAGGGUUUUCUUGGCAUUGUCAGAGGAUCCCAGAGAUCGUGGUGUUAUUGUUGCCCAAGGUGGGGGAAAGGCUUUGAUACCUCUUGCUCUGGAAGGAACAGAAGCUGGCAAGGUGAAAGCCAGCCACGCCCUUGCAAAAAUUGCAUCCAUUUCCAACCCAGAAAUUGCCUUCCCUGGUGAAAGGGUGUAUGAAGUGGUACGGCCUUUAGUUAGCCUGCUUCACAUGGACAGAGAUGGCAUGCAGAACUACGAAGCUCUGAGAGGUCUCACCAACUUUGCUGGUUUCAGUGAAAAACUAAGAGUGAAGAUUGUGAAAGAAAACGCUCUGCCAGACAUUGAGAACUACAUGUUUGAGGAGAAUGACCAGAUCAGACAGGCUGCCACUGAAUGCAUGUGUAACCUUGUUACAUGUAAAGAGGUCCAACAACGUUAUCUGGAAGAUGGCAAUGAUAAAUUGAAACUGCUGGUGCUGUUAUGUGGAGAGGAUGAUGAGAAACUUCAGACAGCAGCAGCUGGAGCUCUGGCCAUGCUCACUGCUGUUCAGAAGAACCUUUGCACCAAACUGACCAAAGUGACUGCCCAGUGGCUUGAGAUCCUGCAGAGGUUGUGUCUGCACGACAACCCCAACGUUCAGCACCGCGGCGUCGUGAUCAUCUUCAACAUGUUCAACUCAGGCGACAGUGAGCUGGCCAAAAAGCUGAUCGAAAGCGAAAUGCUGGAAAUCCUCUCAGUGAUCGGCAAGGCGGAGGACAAUCCCAAGAGGCAGGAGGCCAUCGAUGCAGCACGCACAUGUCUGCUCAAAGCUAUGGAUCUUGGUCUCAUCAAACCCUUCUCCAGCCCCUCUUAAAAUGCAACCAGAAAAACAACAGCAAUGGACAUUAUUGUUAUUUCCUCUGUUAAAUACACACUUUUUCCACAUCAAAAAUGUUAAAGAAUUCAUCAACCUGGCUCCAAAUCUCUA